AUGUCCCGCGAAGCAUACCAGGUCCCCUCGAUGGGCGGCGGUCAGAACGGCUUCGGCGCCGACAACGGAUUCAGCGCCAUGGCUGUCGAUAGCCCCUCUGUCGUCUACCUUUGCGGCGAGUGCUCCGCGCGCGUUCCUCUGAAGCGCGGCGACCAGAUUCGCUGCAAGGACUGUGGUCACCGUGUACUAUACAAGGAGCGGACCAAGCGUAUGGUCCAGUUCCAGGCCCGGUAA